AUGGUGGGUUUAAUAGUGAGACCAGAGUUGCCGGAAAAGGACGUAGAUCUGAGCGAUGAUAAGGACAUCAAUAGAUAUUAUUAUUACAUUUGCAAUGGAGUCGACACGAUUCACACGGCAGGCAUCGAGGAAGACUUCAUUAAAGCGAUACUCGCUCUGGUUCCUAGCAACUUGCGCGAUCGGUUUCCCGAUUUUAUCAAUAAUUUGAUGACCGAAAUCAAGGAGGAUUUUACAAAAAACAUCAAAAAAGCCAUUGUCGAAUUUGCACUCAUCGAUCCUUCCAAAGAGCAUCCUUCUGAGGAACGAUGCAUCCAGCUGGAUUUGCGGAAGCAGAUAAAGCAGUGUCGCGAAAUCCUUCGCCUGGAUCUGUAUCUAAUAAAUCCGUGCAUGCGAAUGACUCUGGAGCAGUGGGUUCGUGAUUACAGGCAGUUUCGUCUGUUCGAUUUGGAGCACAUCGCCGCGCACGAGGACAGUUGGGAUAUCUGUGAAUUUUGCUUGACGGUUGUACAAUAAAUAAUAAACCUCUUGAAAGACAGGCCAGAAAUAUCUUAUUUUCUCUGGUUUUCUUUCAAGAAUAAUAGGAAGAAGCUGGUGCCUAGCCCGCUGCGACGUAAGCAAUUUAAACGGUUCUUCGACUGCGCUGCCAAGCUGAUGGAGUCGCAGCUUUUGGAGGCUUGCAAGCGCUCUCUGCGGGAUUUCGUUAAUUACAUCGUGGACGGCAAGCCCGUGGCUUGCCGCUUUAAAGUGAACAUUGUCGUCGCCGCCAAUGAGCUCGCCUUCGAGCCAUCCGUCGACAAAUUUAAGGAAUCGCUUUGCGACAUUCUCGACGCGAUAUGCGAAGCCGUGAGGAAUUUCGAAAGAUUGGAGACGCAGCUCUACCUUGACUGGGCGGGUCCACUAGAAUUCCUUAAGCCGCAGAUAUCGCAGCCCGUCGUCGAGCAGCUGAAGACGCAGAUAGAUCGGCUAAUCGAUCACGAAAGGGUAAUUCCGGAGCAAAGGAUGGCGGAUUUGAGAAAAUAUGCGUAUCUCUACGACGACGAGGAGCUUGGUCGAGCAGAGGCCUUCCUGCGCGGCGAGAGCAGGAAGCUGGAGGAAUACGAGGGGAAAAUUAAGCGCUAUCACGAACUCGUCGGCCAAAUUCCGAUCGAGGUUGAGAGGACGGUCUUCGCAGGUUUCUUCGAAGUCUCUCACGCGCCUUUCGUUAACGCCGUUGUGGAGAACGUCGAGCACAUCAAGGGACUUUUGAUUCACCGCCUUGUCGAUAAAUAUCAGACUACGACAAAGAACGUCAUAGCGGAAUACGAGGCGAUAUCCGAGCAAGCCCUGACCCCACCUCCCAAUACCGCAGCUCUGAUGAAGCUCAUCAAGUUCGUUCAAACUACCAGUGACGUCACUUUAAAGAGCCUGGAGCUCAGGCUGCUGGACGUGAUUGAGCACAUCGCGUUUCUGUCGGAUUACUGGCUACUCACGGAGGGCGAGAUAAGUAACAACAGCACGGCCUUCCAAUGGUAUCACAGAAUGCCCCAGAUCCUCGAGGACAAUCGGCUGAUCAUCGAGAACAAGACGCAGGAGUAUCAGGGUGCAUUGAGAGUCAGAUAUCAGAAGUUCGAGGAGGAGCUGGACAUGUACGUGAAACAAGUGGAAGAGGUGCAGUAUUGGGGCGACAUCGAUGACGUGUACCGAUACCAGCGCAAGGCGCAAACUUUGGACAAUCGGCUGAUUGCCGCAAUGGACAAGAUUGACAAGUUCAAUGAGGAAGAGGCCGCGUUCGGCUGGGAGAUUACGCAGUACCCCCUGCGAAAGCGCAUUGCCGACCGCUUGCAGCCCUUCAAGAAGCUCUUCGACAGUGCUUGCGAAUUCCUGACCAAAUACGACAAGUGGAUCAACAGCACAAUCGGCGCGUACAAUCCCGAGGACAUCGACAGCGACGUGGGACAAUAUUACAGAGUGCAGCCGCAUCUGAAAAAGUGCUUCGAAGGCAUAGCUCGACUGAGGUUCAACGAAGACCUCGAAGUGCUAGCGAUGCGGUCGACGGAAGGCGAGGAAGUCGAAAUCCUGGAGAUCAUAUCCACUUCCGCCGCCAGGGGGCAAGUUGAGAAGUGGUUGAUCGAGUUAGAAUCGGAGAUGCGGAAGAGCGUCCGCCAUAUGGUGCACCAGGCGAUCCUGGCGUAUCACACGAAGAAAAGAACUGUCUGGGUCCUUGAGUGGCCCGGUCAGACGGUGCUAUGCAUCGGUCAGACAUACUGGACGCAACAGGUCGAAGAGGCCAUGCUCAAGGGAGUAGCCGGUCUGAAGAAAUACUUGGAUCAGUGCCAGAACGAGCUGAACGACAUUAUCUUGCUGAUCAGAGGAUCCCUCUCGAAGCAGAAUCGCAUUACUUUGGAGGCGUUGGUCACUCUAGAUGUUCACAGCAAGGACGUUCUUACGGAAUUAUACAGAGAGCAAGUGGUCAAAAAUACCGACUUCAGGUGGCUGUGCCAGCUUAGAUAUUACUGGAUGGGCGACAACAUGCUGGCGUACAUGAUCAAUUCGUACAUACGCUACGGCUACGAGUAUCUCGGCAACACGUCACGCCUGGUGAUCACGCCGCUGACGGACCGCUGCUAUCGCACUCUCUUCGGCGCUUUGAGCCUGCAUCUCGGUGGCGCGCCCGAAGGACCGGCCGGUACCGGCAAAACGGAGACCACGAAGGACCUCGCGAAGGCCGUGGCGAAACAGUGCGUGGUGUUCAACUGUUCGGAGGGCCUCGACUACAUCGCGCUCGGCAAGUUCUUCAAAGGCCUCGCUUCGUGCGGCGCCUGGUCCUGCUUCGACGAAUUCAAUCGCAUCGACCUGGAGGUACUGUCAGUCGUCGCACAGCAGAUCCUGACGAUUCAGUGCGCGAUCAAUGCCGGCGCCGAGAAGAUGACGUUCGAGGGCACCGAGAUCUAUCUCGAUCCCACCUGCGCGAUCUUCAUCACGAUGAACCCGGGCUACGCCGGCAGAACCGAGCUGCCGGACAACCUGAAGGCGCUCUUCCGCCCGGUCGCCAUGAUGGUGCCCGAUUACGCGCUCAUCGCGGAGAACACUUUGUACUCUUACGGCUUCUACAACGGCCGACCGCUGGCCGUGAAAAUCGUCACCGCUUACAAGCUUUGUUCGGAGCAGCUCAGUAGCCAGCAUCAUUACGAUUACGGAAUGCGAGCGGUCAAGUCCGUGCUGAUCGCCGCCGGCAACCUAAAGCUGCGCUAUCCUCAAGAGUCCGAGGACAUCUUGAUGCUGAGGAGUAUCCUAGAUGUCAAUCUGCCCAAAUUCUUGGUCCACGAUCUGCCGCUUUUUGAAGGAAUAGCGUCGGAUCUGUUUCCCGGCGUAAUAUUGCCGACGCCGGAUUACACGCACAUCAAUGCGUGCACGCGUGAAGCCUGCGCCGCGGCGAAUCUGCAGUGCACGGAUUUCUUCCUGCAGAAGAUCCAGCAGAUUUACGAGAUGAUGAUCGUGCGUCACGGUUUCAUGAUCGUCGGUCUGCCGUACGGCGGCAAGACUUCGGCGUACAGGAUGCUGGCGGAUUGUCUCGGCCGUCUGGAGGACCGCCAGCUGAUGGACGAGCAUCGCGUCGAGAUCACCGUCAUCAAUCCCAAGGCCAUCACUAUGGGCCAGUUGUACGGCCAGUUUGAUCCAGCCUCGCACGAGUGGAGCGACGGUGUUCUGGCAGUGGCGUACCGAGCCUUUGCCAGUUCCACUAAUUUGAACAGAAAGUGGCUCGUCUUUGACGGACCAGUGGACGCUCUCUGGAUCGAGAACAUGAACACUGUGUUGGAUGACAAUAAAAAGCUCUGUCUCACUUCUGGCGAGAUUAUCCAGCUCGCGCCCACGACGAAUCUGAUCUUCGAGCCCAUGGAUCUGGAGGUUGCGUCGCCCGCUACGGUAUCGCGAUGCGGCAUGAUCUACAUGGAACCGGUGAGCCUCGGCUGGACGCCGCUUUUGAUCUCGUGGCUGAACACAUUGCCGGCCACUUUUGGCGAGCGCAUGAAGAGCCACUUGAAGGACAUGUAUCUCCGAUUUUGCCCGCCUCUAUUGCAUUUGAUCCGCCGCUGCGGCGCAAAGGAAAUGGUAACGAUGCCGGAUGCUAAUCUUACGCGCUCGGUUAUGCAUCUGUUCGACUGCUUUCUGGAUGAUUUUCACGAUGAAAAGUAUGUAGGUGCGCUUUCGGACUUGGACAUGAGAGCGCAAGUAGAAGGCAGCUUUUUCUUCUCGUGCAUUUGGGCGAUGGGCGUUACGCUGAUGGUCGACUACCGCGAGUGGUUCAGCGUGCUCUUUCGAGCAUUGGUAAACACCAAAUUCCCAGAAGACGUGCGGAAGCGCUUCGACAUCCCGCCGGAAGUCGGCGAUCCGACAAAGCCCUACGUGCUCCCUCCGCCGUCCGCCGGUUCAGUCUUCGAUUACAAGUUUAUUAAGGAAGGUAGAGGCAGAUGGCAGUCCUGGCUCGCGGAUCUGAAGGAUUUACCACCAAUCCCGAGAGACGUGCCGGUGAACCAGAUCAUCGUCUUCACGGUGGAGACCGUGAGAUACUUUCAUCUCUUCCGGCACCUCGUCUGCCAUCACAAGCCGAUCCUUCUGGUCGGCCCGACUGGCACCGGCAAGUCUGUCUACAUCAUGGAGUUUCUACUAAAAAGAAACAACCCCGAAGUCUUCAAGCCGCUGUUCGUGAUAUUCUCGGCGCAGACCACGGCGAAUCAGACGCAGGACAUCAUCAUGAGCAAGCUGGACCGUCGGCGAAAAGGUCUGUACGGUGCCCCUCCCGGCCAGUACUGGGUGGUCUUCGUGGACGACGUAUCUAUGCCGCAGCGGGAAGUGUUUGGCGCGCAGCCACCGAUCGAGUUACUGCGCCAGUGGCUGGACCAUCAGACCUGGUACGAUUUGAAAGACGUAGUGCCCAUUAGACUGAUAGAUGUCCAGCUGAUUUGCGCAAUGGGCCCGCCCAUGGCCGGUCGCGACGUCACGCCGCGCUUUAAGCGGCACUUCGUCACGCUGACGAUCCCCGAGUUUGACGACGAUGUCCUCAUCACCAUCUUCGGCCAGAUCACCGCCUGGCACUUCGCCGUUCGAGGCUUCCCGGCGCUCUUCGAUCCCUGCGUGGAUUACGUGGUCCACGGCACUCUCGAUAUAUACAAAGAGACCAGGAAGUACCUGUUGCCGACACCCGCCAAAUCGCAUUAUCUGUUUAAUCUGAGGGAUUUCUCGCGAGUUAUUCAAGGCGUGCUGCUUUCAACUCCCGAAGCCAUUCCUGAUUCGGUCUCCAUGAAGCGUUUGUGGGUUCACGAGGUGCUGCGCGUCUACGGAGACCGAUUGGUCGACGAGGCCGACAGUAGGUGGCUGGUGGAACAAAUUCGGAAAACCAUGAGAGAGUACAUGGACGACGAUAUGGAUCAUCUCUUCGAGGACUUAAUGGAUGAGCCUGGCAUGCAGCUGACGGAGGUACAAUUGCGGAAUCUCAUCUACUGCGACUUCCACAAUCCGGUCGCUGAUCAGAAGCGGUACACGGAAAUUAGCGACUGGGACGCGCUUGCCGUCGCGGUGGAAGAAUAUCUUGCGGAGUACAACGAGAUCUCGAACACGCCCAUGGAUCUCGUGCUCUUCAGAUUCGCCAUAGAACAUCUCUCAAAAAUCUGCCGAGUGAUGAUGCAGCCACGCAGCCACGCUCUUCUGGUCGGCAUGGGCGGUUCCGGUCGGCAGUCUCUGACAAAAUUGGCAUCGCACAUAUCCGACUACGAGCUCUUCCAGGUGCAGAUAUCCCAGUUGUACGGCAUGCACGAAUGGCACGAGGAUCUGAAGAACAUUCUGCGAAAGAGCGCCGCGAGCGACUUGCACACGGUCUUCCUCUUCAUGGACACGCAGAUCAAGGAGGAGGCCUUCCUGGAGGACAUCAGCAAUCUCCUCAACUCUGGCGAGGUUCCUAAUCUCUUCGUGGCUGAAGAGAAGUCCGAGAUCUGCGAAAAAAUGCGUAUCAUCGAUCGGCAGAGAGACAGGGCCUUGCAGACGGACGGCAGUCCGGUGGCGCUCUUCAACUUCUUUGUGCAGACUGUGCGCGAGCACUUACACAUCGUGGUGACGAUGUCGCCGAUUGGUGAUAGCUUCCGCACGCGGAUCCGCAAGUUCCCGGCGCUCGUCAACUGCUGCACCAUCGACUGGCUGCAGCCGUGGCCGGAGGACGCGUUGCUCGCGGUCGCGACAAAGUUCCUCGGCGAGAUCGACAUGCCGCAGGACGAGCGUCGCGCCUGCAUCGAGAUGUGCCAGUACUUUCACACGUCGACGCACGACCUGACACAAGACUUCCUGCGCCAGCUGCGACGUCACAAUUACGUCACGCCGACGUCCUACCUGGAACUCAUCAACACAUUCAAGGAUCUGCUGGAUCGAAAGAGGAAGGAAGUGCUGGAGGGCAAGAGAAGAUACGAGGCGGGCCUCGGCAGGCUCGACGAUACGCGCAAAGAAGUCAGCAGGAUGCAAGAAAUUCUGGUAGCUCUGCGGCCGAAGUUGCUGAUCGCCGCGAAGGAUGUCGAAGGUAUGUUCCUGGAUGUGCAGCGUGAGAACGAAGAAGCCAGCAUGAUGGAGCAGGUCGUUAAAAAGGACGAGGAAGCUGCUAUGAUCGUCGCAGCGGCCGCCGAAGAGAUUCGCGCCGAGUGCGAUGCGGAUCUUCAGGAAGUAAUGCCGAUACUGAAUGCGGCGAACGAAGCUUUGAACACGUUGACUCCGCAGGACAUCCAGAUCGUCAAAUCCAUGAAACGGCCGCCGGCCGGCGUGCGGUUGGUCAUGGAAGCUGUUUGCAUACUGAAGGACGUAAAACCGGAGAAGGUGCAAGGACCAGAAGGUCCAAUGGACGACUACUGGAAGCCGUCACUUCGCAUUCUCGGUGACAUACGCUUUCUCGAAUCGCUGCUGAACUACGAUAAGGACAAUAUUCCAGAGCGAAUUAUGACUAACAUUCGCACGACGAUUUUGACGAAUCCGAACUUCGAUCCGGAACGCAUCAGGCAGGUGUCCACCGCGUGCGAGGGUCUCUGCCGCUGGGUGUUCGCUCUUUCGGAAUACGACAAGGUCGCUAAAGUAGUGGCGCCGAAGAGGCAGGCGCUAGCCGAGGCUCAGGCCGAUUACUCCGCGGCGAUGGAACAGCUGAACCUGAAAAGGAAGCAGCUGCAGGAGGUCCGAGAGAGGCUAGCACGGCUGGAGACGCUUUUGGCGCAACGAAGAGCUGAAUAUCAGGCGAUGACUGACGAGGUGAAGGAGUGCGAGGAAAAGCUGAGGAGAGCCGAGGAGCUGAUCGGCGGCCUCGGCGGCGAGUACACCAGAUGGUCUGAGACCGCCAAGUCGCUUGGAGAACGGUAUCACAGGUUGACAGGCGACAUCCUGAUCGGUUCUGGGGUGGUGGCGUACCUCGGCGUUUUCACAAUGCAAUAUCGACAGCGGCAGCUGGAGAACUGGGUGGCGUUGUGCACAAAUCUGAAGAUUGUCUGCACUCAGGAUUUCCAGCUCACGCAGGUGCUGGGCGAUCCGGUGCUCAUCCGCUCGUGGAACAUCUUCGGUCUGCCGAGCGAUCUGUUUUCCAUCGACAACGCCAUCAUCGUCACAAGCUCGCGCCGCUGGCCGCUGAUGAUCGAUCCGCAGGGUCAAGCGAAUAAGUGGGUGAAAAAUAUGGAGAAGGCGGCAAACCUAAAUAUUAUCCGGCUCACGCAGCCGGAUUACAUGAGGAUCUUGGAAAACGCCGUGCAGUUCGGGCAGCCGGUACUGCUGGAGAAUAUUGGCGAAGAGCUGGAUGCGGCUUUGGAGCCGCUGUUGAUGAAGCAAACUUUUAAAUCUGGCGGCGCGCUCUGCAUCAAAAUCGGCGACAGCAUCAUUGAGUAUUCUGAGAAAUUUCGGUUUUACAUAACUACGAAACUGCGGAAUCCGCAUUAUCUGCCGGAAGUGGUGGUGAAGGUAACCUUGCUGAACUUUAUGAUCACUCCAGUCGGCCUGGACGAUCAGCUUUUGGGUAUAGUCGUCGCGAAGGAAAGGCCGGAUCUCGAGUCCGAGAAGAAUCAACUGAUUGUUCAAGGAGCGGCUAACAAAAAAAUGUUAAAGGAGAUAGAGAAUAAGAUUUUAGAGGUGCUGUCCGCGUCUAAGGAGAAUAUCCUUGAGGAUGAAAGAGCCAUCGCUGUGUUGAGCUCCUCGAAGAACCUGGCCAACGAGAUUCAGACUAAACAGACUGCUGCCGAGAUUACGGAGAAGUCCAUCGACGCUGCGAGAUUGCAGUACACGCCAAUUGCAGUCUACAGCACUGUUCUCUUCUUCACGAUUGCCAUGCUGGCGAACAUCGACCCCAUGUACCAGUACUCCCUCGCCUGGUUCGUCAACCUCUUCAAGAACACGAUCGACAAUACGCCGCAGGUGGAGGGCAUACAACAGCGUCUCAAGGAUCUCACCAGAUGCUUCACCUACUCCCUGUAUGUCAACAUAUGUCGCUCGCUCUUCGAGAAGGACAAGCUGCCCUUCUCGCUCCUGCUGUCCGUGAACUUGCUGAACAAGCAGGGCCAGCUCUCGACGGUCCAGUGGAUGUUCCUGCUGACCGGCGGCGUCGGCCUCGAGAAUCCCUUCGUCAAUCCCACGGAAUGGCUGCCAACACGGUCCUGGGACGAGUUGUGUCGGUUGGACGCCGUGCCAGGAUUUGCGGGAAUAAAGGAUUCGUGUACGCGCAGUAUCGACGAGUGGAAGAGGGUGUUCGAUCACAAGGAACCUCACACCAUCCCCUUCCCCGCGCCUUGGAAUAAACUGAGCAGCUUCGAAAGAAUGCUGGUGCUACGUUGCAUUCGUCCCGACAAAGUCGUGCCGGCGGUGCAAUUAUUCGUCCAAAAGCAAUUGGGACGUCAGUUCAUCGAGCCGCCGCCCUUUGACCUGACGGCCUCUUACGCGGACUCGCACUCCUGCAUCCCGCUGAUAUUCGUUUUGACGCCCGGCGCGGAUCCUAUGGCGAUCCUGCUGAAAUUCGCCGACGAUCAGGGCUUCGGCGCCAGCAGGCUGUUCUCGUUGUCCCUGGGCCAAGGGCAGGGCGCCAUCGCCGAGGCUCUCAUCGACGAAGGCGUGAAAAAUGGAACUUGGGUGGUGCUGCAAAACUGCCAUGUCGCCAAGAGCUUCAUGCCCGUCUUGGAAAAAAUAUGCGAGGGCUUCACGAAGGAGACGGUGCACCCCGACUUCCGGCUGUGGCUGACGAGCUAUCCAUUCGAGCACUUUCCGGUCAGCGUCCUGCAGAACGGCGUGAAGAUGACGAACGAGCCGCCGAAAGGACUGCGCGCGAACAUUACGCGAUCCUUCAACCAGGACCCGAUAUGCGAUCCCGACUUCUUCGACACGUCGAAGCAGCGCGAGACCUUUAAGCAGCUGCUCUUCUCGCUGUGCUUCUUUCAUGCCGUCGUGCAGGAGCGCCGGAAGUUCGGGCCGAUCGGCUGGAACAAUCAGUACGAGUUCAACGAGACGGAUUUGCGUAUUAGCGUGCUGCAGCUCAAGAUCUUCCUCGAUCAGUACGACGACGUGCAGUUCACCGCGUUGAAGUACCUGACAGGCGAGUGCAAUUACGGCGGUCGCGUGACUGACGAAUGGGACCGGCGUACCUUGAACACAAUCCUCGCGCGGUUCUAUCACGAGGACGUGGUCCAGGCCGACCGGAAAUACCUGUUCGAUCCCAGCGGCCUUUAUUACGUGCCGUCGGUCAGCGAGUACGGUCAAUUCUUGGAUUACGUGAGAGAAUUGCCGAUGAUCACCGCGCCCAGCGUCUUCGGUAUGCAUGAAAACGCCGAUAUUAUCAAGGAUCAGCAAGAAACGUACUUAAUGUUGUCCUCCGUCCUAGUGACGCAGAACGCCGAGGAGUUCAAAGACACCAGCGGCCAGGCUGAAGUGGAUCCCGGAAAAUCGCCGGACGAGAUCGUCUACGGUGUUUCGUCCGACGUUUUGUCGAUGUUGCCACAGGAUUUCGAUUUAACGGCGGCGCUGAAUAAAUAUCCUACAUUAUAUCAGCAGAGCAUGAACACUGUGCUGGUGCAGGAGAUGGGCAGAUUCAACAGGCUCCUGCAGACCAUCAGAGACAGCCUUGUGAAUAUCCAGAAGGGAAUUAAAGGUUUGGUAAUCAUGAGUCCUGAUCUCGAGGAGGUUUACUCGUCGAUCAUCAUCGGCAGGCUACCCAAGAUGUGGAUGCAAAACUCUUAUCCUUCGCUGAAGCCGCUCGGCAGCUAUAUACACGAUUUUCUAAAGAGGCUAAAUUUUUUGCAGACUUGGUACGUAGAAGGUCCGCCCAUGUCUUUCUGGAUUUCCGGUUUUUACUUUACACAAGCGUUUCUGACGGGCGCUCGGCAGAAUUACGCGCGAAAAUACUCCAUUCCCAUCGAUCUGCUGGUCUACGAUUUUUUCCCGUUGAAGGACACCGUUUUCGAAAAACCGCCGGACGAUGGAGUAUACAUUUACGGAUUGUUUCUCGACGGGGCUCGCUUCGACAUAACCACGAUGAAGCUUGACGAGUCCUUGCCGAAGAUCCUUUACGAUAUUGUGCCUUAUAUCUGGUUAAUGCCGGUGACGAAGGACCAGGUGCAGGAUGAGGGCACGUACACGUGUCCUGUCUACAAGACCAGCGAGCGAAAGGGCGUUCUGUCGACCACCGGCCACUCAACUAACUUCGUCAUCGCGAUCUGGCUGCCGACGUCGCAUCCGCCGGAGCAUUGGAUCCUGCGAGGCACCGCUAUGCUGUGCCAAUUGUCGGAAUAAUUCAUGAUCAAUCCUACAGUCGAGGAAGUUUUUAAACGACUGGAAAUUUUAACGAACUCAACAAAUACAAGCCACUGAUUUCAAGCAAGUAAAAAGAAAUAUGCAGUAAUGGUCUAUAAACAGCAUCAACUUUCGUCAUUCUCGGAACAAAUGAAAUAUCUAUAAUA